AUGGUUAACUUGGACAUCCAUUAUGGAGAAGCUGCAGGUCUUAGUAAAUCCCAUUUGGCGAUUGUUCAGAAAGUCAAUAAUGAGGGGGAGGGAGAUCCGUUCUAUGAGGUGCUGGGAUUGGUCACUCUGGAGGACGUCAUCGAGGAGAUCAUCAAAUCUGAAAUCCUGGACGAGUCUGACCUCUACAGUAAGUGGACAAGUGAGUCUAAAGUGAAGAUCUCUCCUCAGCUGCUGCUGGCCGCUCACCGCUUCCUCGCCACAGAGGUCAGCUUGUUCAGUCCGUCUCAGAUCUCCGAGAAAAUCCUGCUGCGUAUCCUCAAACACCCUGACGUGAUCCAGGAGAUCAAAUUCAACGAGAACGACAAGAAAGCUUCACUCCACUACCUGUACCUGCGUGGCAAACCCGUGGACUACUUCAUCCUCAUCCUGCAGGGCCGUGUGGAAGUGGAGGCUGGCAAUGAAAAUAUGAAGUUCGAGACGGGACCUUUCUCUUUCUAUGGCGUCAUGGCCCUCAGUGCUCCAACAUUAGUGAGUGUCUCUCGUCCUCGUCACCUGUCUCUUAAGAGAUGCUCUCUCUUCUCUCGUUUCCCAGAAUUUCGUUCUCCUUCUCACAUCAGUGGACUGAACAGAUCUGCAUCUCUGAGCUACACGGACCGUCCGGAACCGCAGUCCGUCAGCGGCAGCAACACACAGCUCAGCAGCUCCGCUUUACCGCAGUACACACCAGACUUCAACGUGCGAGCCCUGGCAGAUCUACAGUUUGUGAAGAUCACACGCUCUCAGUACCAAAACGGCCUGAUGGCGUCUCGUCUGGACAGCUCCCCUCAGUCUCCAGACAGCGGACACGGCCGACAAGUGGACAUGGACAACAGCACGUCGUCAGCUCCCCAUCGCUCUUCCGAAAACAUGCUGACGAUCGCAGACGCCUCUGACGAGACCACCUCGCUCCUCAAUGAACAGAACAGCCAACCUGCGCGCCAGGCCAACCACAAUACACACAACGAGAGUGCCAUCUGACACGCUCUCACACACACGUCCCACACGACCACAGCACUUUUCCAGAACUUGUGUUCAUCAAAAGCCUGUUUAGCUCUAGCCAUCAUAGCUCCCCGUGUAAACAGUGUGAGUCUAUGAAGUGCAAUGAAAGAUUUAACUUGUAAGACGAAGGCAAAGAGAAGCCAAAGACUGAGAAAAAGACCCCCGUUUCGGACGGACUCUUUUAUAGACUGCGCGGAUAGAGACGUUUCUAUAUAUAAAUAUGAAGAUGUUUAUUUUGUCAGCUCAUUUCGUUGCUCACGGAAGCUGAACGAGGGAAACUGUGGAUGCCUUUUUAUUUUAUGUUAGUCCAUAGCUAAUGCGAGUUUGUACUCUAUUCGUGUGUGAGUGAAAGUGAGAGUGUUUGUGAUAGAGAUACAUGGUGUGCCAUUAUGUUGUGUAUGGCAAGCUGUUUUAACAUUUAUUUUAUAAGUCAAACUAGUGUUGAAUGUUACUAGUACUUACUUUUUAGAUAGGAGUGAAGGGUGUUAGGAAUGAAAAUCCCCAUGAUCAACUGUUAUUUAAAUUAACGACCAGUUAAUCGAUUAAUCAUUAUCCUUAAAGAUUUAGUUCAUGCUUAAAUGAAAAUUGUAAAUAAUUAUUACUCAUUCUUAUUGUCACAAUAAUGGAAUUUGGUAGCAAUCAGUACUGAAAUUUGAAGAACGUCCAUUUCCCGCUAACGUUUAUGUGCUGUUGAACAUGUUCUUAAACACCGCUGAUUGGCCAUUGUGAUCACAUGCUCAACAGAAACAAAAGCGAAGUAUUCCCUUAAGCACUAGCAGGUAUUAAUUAGCUACUAGUGCUCAUUACCUAGGUCCUAGUACCUUUUAAAAAACAUCCUAGCUUUUAUUAAUUAGAUGCACACUAGAACACAUUCAUUAGAUACUAGUACUGAAAAAAUAUACAUAUUUAUUAAAAUAUACUUCUCAGAUACUAGUUAUUGUUCAUGAGAUACUGGUAAUUAUUAUUCAAUAUUAGUACUUAUUGGUUAGAUAUUAGUACCAGUGGCUUAGCUGACAGGCCCACAGUGAAUAGGAGGCCUCAUGUUUUCCCCCCUCACUCCCCAGUUUUCGGGGUUACAAGAAUUUCCAACCCCAUAGCCCAUACCCCCCCCCCCCCCCCCCUUUAAUUGUCGGUUUUAUGACUAUUUCCAAACCCCCAAACCCCUUUCUUCAGUUCGCGAUCGCCCCCCCCCCCCCCCUCCCCCCUUUUGGGUUUAUGAGGGUUUGGACUUGUUCAUGGAUUUGCCAUUGUGUUCAUGUGCUCAACAGAAAUGACUGAUUGACCAUGAGGGUCAUCAGUUCACCGAACUCACAGAUACAGGGAUACUGGAGCGUUUCAAAGCCCUGAUUCAUGUCAGCUUAUAGAUCAACCAGCUAAUCGACGUGACUUUGAAACGCUCCAGUGUCCCUGUAUCUGUGGUUACACAAUAAACAGCGGUGAGUUCAGUGAACUGAUGACCUUCAGAACCAAUCACAGCCAUUUCUGUUGAGCACAUGAACACAAUGUCUCGAGCUCAACAGCGCUCAAAUCUUAUCUAACAACUACUUUUUUCACUCAUCUUUUGUUAUGGCUAGUCAGAACGGCCGCAGUUAAGUUAAAUUACUAAUCUUACCCACAACAUUUGAAAGAAACGUACUAGUAUCUAAUAAAUAUAAGAGUAUCUACUGGAUAAGUAGUGGUAGAUAGUCAGUAAGCACUAUCUAAUUAAUGUAUUAGUAUCUAUUGUAUAAGUUCUAGUAGAUAAUUGAUAAUUACUAGUAUACAAUGAAUAAAUACUAGCGUGAAGUAAAAUUAAUAUCUAUUCAUUAACUAUCAGUAUAUAUUAAAUAAAUGUCUAAUGAUUGCGUACUAGUAUAUAAUAAGAGGUAAAAGUAUUUAAAAAUAAUAAGAAAUAACUGGAAUGCUUCUACUCGCCUGAAUAGUUGCUCUCCUUAUAGAAGCGGCAAAAAAUAAAUACAUUCGUUAUUAAUAAUACUUAUCAGUUAUUAACAAAAUAAAUACACACUGUAAAAAUGUUGUGUUGGGACAACAUGAAUGAAUUAAGUUAACUUGCUAGUUUUUUACAAAUUUAAGUGGGUUGAACAUUAAGUUGCCCCCAAAAAAACUUCAAGAAUUGUGUUGUUUCAGCUCAUUUUAAAUGUUAAACAAACAACAAACAUCAUUUUUAGAGUGUAGUAUCAAAUGAAUAAAGACUGGUGUCCUUUUAAUAGGUUCUAGUAUCUAACGAAAGAAAACUAUUAUUAAAUGAAUAAGAAGUAAAAUGAAAUACCUAAUGAAAACAUACUAGUAAUUUGUAUUUAAAAAAGAAACUAAUGCAUGAAGGAUAAAUAAGCACGAAUAGCCAAUGACUAGUCCACAAGGGAAUAGAUAAUAGUAGAAUAUGGUACCAAUUAAUCCUGAAAUUUUAAAAACAUUCAUUCCCGUUAACAUUUGAGUGCUGUUAAGCACGUUCUGUUGAGCUGAUUUGCCAUUGUGUUGACGUGCUCGACAGUCAUCAGUUCACCGAACUCACAGAUACAGGGACACUGGAGCGUUUUAAAGCCGCGAUUCAUCAGCAGAUCGCUUGUAUGUCAACUUAUAGACAAACCAGCUGAUCGACGUGACUUGACGUGACUCCAAUGCCCCAAUAUUUGUGGUUGCACAGUAAACAGCAGUGAGUUCAGAGAAGUGUUGACCUCCACGGCCAAUGACAGUCAUUUCUGUUGAGCACAUGAACACAGUGGCAAAUUAGCGCUGUUUCAAAACGAGCUCAACAGUGAUCAAAUGUUAUCAGCAAAUGGAUGUUUUUAAAUAUUCAGUAUUGUGACAACCCUACGUUUCUGUUGCCUGAGAUCUACUAUUAUCUAUUCCCGUAUGGACUAGUCAUUGGCUACUUGUGCUUACUCUUUAUGCACUAGUAAUUUUUUAAAAUACAAAUUACUUGUACAUUUUCAUUAGGUACUUCUAUUCAUUUUACUUCUUAUUCAUUUAAUAAUAGUUCUCUUUCGAUACAAGAUUCUAUUCAAAGGACACCAGUCUUUAUUCCUUUGAUACUACAGUCUAAAAAGUGACGUUUGUUGGUUGUUCAACUUAUUUAAAAGGAGCUGAAACAACACAAUUGUUGAGUUUUUUCAGGGAAACUUAAUUGUUUUAUGUUCCAUCCACUUAAAUUGGUAAAAACUAGAAAGUUAAUUCAUUUCCAUACGCUUAAAUUGGUAAAAACUAGGAAGUAAAUUAAUUUCCAUACGCUUAAAUUGAUAAAAACUAGCAAGUUAAUUAAUUUCCAUACGCUUAAAUUUGUAAAACCGAUUGUAAUCCGAUUCAAUGAUCUAUGCUAAGCUAAGCUAGAGUUAAACGGUUGAGUUUGACCUUUUUUUUUAUUUAAUCAGUCGAUCUCCUGGUCUGGCGGGAGCAUUUUUAUCUUAGCUUAGCAUAGAUCAUUGAGUCUAAUUAGACCAUUAGCAUCUCACUCCUUUGUUGUUUGUUGAUUUUCAUCCCAGAAUGAGAAUAUACUUCCUAUUUAUAUGAGCUUAAAAAAUAGCAACUUUCCAAUUUACAUGUGUCUUAAUACAUGAUGUAAGUACAGAAUAGUCAAGCUUUAAAUAGGCAAAUGAUCUAAAGUCUUUUUAAAAAAUAAUUGAGUGAGAUGCUAAUGGUCUAAUCCAAUUCAAUGAUCUGUGCUAAGCUAAGCUAUGGUUAAACUGUUGACAUUUUUUAAAUCCAUUCAUUUGAUUUCCGGGUGUGAUGGAAGCACAUUUAGCUUAGCUUAGCAUAGAUCAUUGAAUCGGAUUAGACCAUUAGCAUCUCAUUCAACUCUUUAACAAAAGUUUGGAUAAUUUUCCUAUUUAAAGCUUGACACUUGUGUUAUUUUAUUAUUUACUCAGAUCAACCGAAUAUUAAAAAAUUGACUAGACUGCCAUGGAUAGGAACUAUACACUCAUUCCAGCAUAAUAAUCAAGGAACUUUGCUGCCGUGACUGCAGCAGGCACAAUAAAAUUACACAGCACCUGAAAAUAGUCCCAUCUAUGUAACAAAAUAACAUCGCUGUCAUGAUAUGGCAGCAAAGUUUCUUGACUAUUUAAAAUUCCUUUGUUUGUUGAUUUUCAUCCCUAAAUGAGAUUAUAGUUCCUAUUCAUAUCAACGUAAAAAAUAGCACUUGUCUAAAUACAUAAUGUAACUACAGAAUAGUAAAAGUCUUUAAAUAGGAAAAUCCAAACUUUUGAAAAAUUGAGUGAGCUGCUAAUGGUCUAAUCAGAUUCAAUGAUCUAUGCUAAGCUAAGCUAGAGUUAAACAGUUGAGUUUGACCAUUUUUUAAAUCCAUCCAGUCGGAACUGCUGAUCCAUGACCGCAACAGGCACUAUAAUAUUACACAGCACCUGAAAAUAGUCCCAUCCAAGUAACAAAGUAACAUCACUGUCAUGGUACGGCAACAAAGUUUCUUGAUUAUUAAAAAUUUGUUUAUUGUUUUUCAGAAUGAGAGUAUAGUUCCUAUUAAUAUCAGCUUAAAACAUAGCAACUUUCCAAUUUCCAUCUGUCUUAAUACAUGAUGAACUGAUGAAUAGUCAAGCUUUAAAUAUAGGAAGAUGAUCUAAACUUUUUUUUUUUUUUUUUUUAAGUGAGAUGCUAAUGGUCUAAUCCGAUUCAAUGAUCUAUGCUAAGCUAAGCUAAAAGUGCUCCCAUUAGACCCGAAAAUCAUCUGAAUGGAUUAACAAUUGGUAAAACGCAACUGUUUAACUUUAGGGGAGUCAAAAAGUGUUCCUUUUAAUGGAUAAAGAAACUAGUAUCUACAGAAAAAUAAGUACUAGAAUCACGGAAAUGCUAGUUUUAUCAAAUAAAUGUUAAAAAGACUUGCCUUCUUUGUAUAUACGACAACGCAUGAGUCCGAUUUGGCCGUUGCAGCCCAAGCAAGCAACAACUCAGGGAGACAGAGACGCUGAGCUUCACAUACUAACUGCAUGUUCGAUAAUUCCCUGUUCAUUUAUGUGAACCCAUGCGACAAGUGAUCAAAAAAAAAAGUGAAGCAUGCUGUCGUCUAAACGCACCAAAUAGUGAAAUACUAAGAUACACUGCAUCUCAUACACAUGGCAUUCACAUGUAAUUUUAUUUUUUACGUGCUGGUUGUCUGUGGAGGUCUGUUCAUGUGAUUCAGUGUUUGUGUUUGUGUAAAAUUGUCCUUUUAAAAUUAAUGCGUUGACUUUUUAUUUAGUUUACUCCAAAGAGAACAAGCAUUUGUUGUUGAAGUAUAACUGUUAAUGGAGUCCUCCUUCUGUUCUCGAUACUGUAUUUGCUUCUAUCGGACCAGAAAUAAUCUAACCAAACGAAUUGAACUUCUCGUUGUAUUUAUUUAGCAUCGAAUUAAGGUUUUACGUUUUUGAAAUGAUUUUGUUUUGUGAGUUCUUAAUUGCUGUGCAUUUUAUAAGCAGGUUGAUAUGGUACAGACUACAAGUUGUAGAUGCCUACAUUUUUCAAAAGGUUCAGGAAGUUGCCUUUUUGUUUCCUCACUGUGCACAUCUUUUGCUUUCAUACCAAAUAUGUUUGAAACUGAUGAGAACAAUCAAAGUGAAAGUCAAUACAAUCAAAUGGCAAGUCAGACGGACACACCAAGGCCUCUUUUAUUCUGUAGCAUCUCUUGAAUAUGAUAAAAAGAGGCGGAAGAAAUGCACUGUGGAUUUCUAUAUUUGGCUGUUGACAGCAGCUCGGUUAAUAAAACCCUCCUUGUUCAUUCAA